GCUGAAGAAUUUGGCCGGAAAGUCUGGGCCUGGGAUUUCAGUAAUAAGUGGAGAUGGCGGCGGCUGCUGCCGGUAGAACGGUUGGGACAAAAUUGGGCCUCCGUGAGAUUCGAAUCCACUUAUGCCAGCGCUCACCCAGCAGCCAGGGUGUCAGGGACUUCAUCGAGAAACGCUAUGUGGAGCUGAAGAAGGCGAACCCUGACCUUCCUAUUCUAAUCCGCGAAUGUUCCGAUGUUCAGCCCAAACUGUGGGCCCGCUACGCAUUUGGCCAAGAGAAGAAUGUCUCUUUGAACAACUUCAGUGCUGAUCAGGUAACCAGAGCCCUGGAAAACGUACUGAGUGGCAAAGCUUGAAGCCUUCACUAAGGAUUAUGACCAAGACCCCCAGAAAUCUGGGCUCUGCUAGACAGUACAAUGAGAAAAUGUGUUCUUAUAAAGCCUGUGCUGUAAAAUGCU